AGCCAGUCCCGCCUCCGCCCCCCCCCCCCCCCCCGCGGUGCGCGGCGGCCGCCGCCGCGCGCGGGCGGCGCGCGAUGGCCACCGUGGCGCGGCGGAGACUGAUCCGGGACCUCAAGAGGCUGCAGUCCGACCCGCCCCAGGGCAUCAGCGCCUCGCCGAUGAAGGACGACAUCAUGUCCUGGACGGCGGUGAUGUUCGGCCCGGACGACACGCCCUGGGAGGGCGGGACCUUCCAGCUGGAGGUCACCUUCACCGAGGAGUUCCCGACAAAACCACCGCACGUGAAGUUCUUAACGAAGAUGUUCCACCCGAACAUCUACAACAACGGGGAGAUCUGCCUCGAUAUCCUCCAGAACCAGUGGAGCCCGAUCUACGAUAUAUCGGCCAUCCUCACGUCGAUUCAGUCUCUGCUGACCGACCCCAACCCCAACUCGCCGGCCAACAGCGAGGCGGCCAGGCUGUGGUCGGAGAACCGGCGGGAGUACGACAGGCGCGUGACGCAGAUCGUGGAGGAGAGCUGGGCGGCCGCUGACGCCCUCUGCGAGGGUGAGGACGGCGAGGACGGCGAGGAGGACGGCGAGGAGGCCGGCAAGCCCGGGGAAGACCCCGAGGCGGCCGGCGGCGCCGCGUCCGCCAUGGACGAGGAGAGAACGUCGUGACUAUGGAGUGACGUCGGCCUGGCGGCGGUUGCCAGCGCAAGCGGCCGCAGGGCGGACUUAACUACCGCGUCCAGUGUCCGCAUCCUUGUCGGAAACUUUGUGCCAGGUGUGUGCUGCUAGACUACAGGAAAACACAUAUUCUGUGCAGUGGGUGUCGGAAGUGGUGGGCCUUGGGCUUCAGAGGCCGUGGAAGCGGUCAAGCAGACCCGUCUGUGCAUAUAGCAAGACCCAGCUUCCUUCAGUGCCCCUCUAGGUAUCACGGUCCCCGCUUCGAAUUAGAACUGUGUGCACGCUCCGCUCGGCGAGGAGAAAA